GAUUCUCAAGAAUAAAGGCACCAGCAGCUUCCUUGUGUGGUGUGCAUGUGGUGUGGUACCGGCCCGGGCCAGGAGGGGGAGCUGUGGAGCAGGAGCUCGCCCCACAACGAGGCUGCGGCUGCUCUUGCUUCUGGUGAAUUCUCAGCUGGGGCCUGAGGGGAAGGUUCUGGGGGCCCUGGGACCCAGGCAGCUCUGCAGACAUGGAUGUGUUCCAGAAGGUAGAGAAGAUCGGAGAGGGCACCUAUGGGGUGGUGUAUAAGGCCAAGAACAAAGAGACGGGGCAGCUAGUGGCCCUCAAGAAGAUUAGGCUGGAUUUGGAGACUGAGGGGGUCCCAAGCACAGCCAUCAGAGAGAUCUCCCUGCUCAAGGAGCUGAAGCACCCCAACAUUGUCAGGCUGCUGGACGUGGUACACAGUGAGAAGAAGCUCUACCUAGUGUUUGAGUUCCUCAGCCAGGACCUAAAGAAGUACAUGGACUCUGCCUCAGCCUCAGAUCUCCCCCUGCACAUGGUCAAGGUGUGGAGGGGAGGUUGGGGGAGGGGAGGGAACCCCCCACACAGCCGGCCCUGCUCAGCCAGAUCCUUCUCAUUCUCGUUACUCCAGAGCUACCUCUUCCAGCUGCUGCAGGGAGUAAACUUCUGCCACUCUCACCGGGUCAUCCACAGAGACCUGAAGCCCCAGAAUCUACUCAUCAAUGAGUUGGGCGCCAUCAAGCUGGCUGACUUUGGCCUGGCUCGAGCCUUUGGGGUGCCCCUGCGCACCUAUACCCACGAGGUGGUGACACUGUGGUAUCGUGCCCCUGAGAUCCUCUUGGGCAGCAAGUUCUAUUCGACAGCGGUGGAUGUCUGGAGCAUUGGUUGCAUCUUUGCAGAGAUGGUGACUCGAAAAGCCCUAUUUCCUGGUGACUCCGAGAUUGACCAGCUCUUUCGUAUCUUUCGCACCCUGGGGACACCCAGUGAAGCCACAUGGCCCGGAGUCACCCAGCUGCCUGACUAUAAGGGCAGCUUUCCCAAGUGGACUAGGAAGGGCCUGGUGGAGAUUGUGCCCAGUCUGGAGCCAGAGGGCAAGGACCUGCUCAUGCAUCUCCUACAGUAUGACCCCAGCCAGCGGAUCUCAGCCAAGGCCGCCCUGGCCCACCCAUACUUCUCAUCCUCGGAUCCCUCCCCAGCCUCCAGCCAGUGUGUGCUGGAGCAUUACUGCCGUUGAGAACAGCAAGUCCCACCCAGCUGUUCCCAAGCUCUAAGGAAUUUGGUAUCAGCCAGCAGGGCUGAGUGUGGGUUUGUCCUGCCCAUGGGUUAGAGAGUUCCUGUGUUGUUUGUUGGGUUUAAUGGUGCUUUUUCAAAACAGAGGCGCAAAGGCUCUAGGCAUGAGGGGAUACGUUAGAGACCAGUCCUCUGGCACUGGAACAGCAGAUGCCACAUUGAUAGCAGGGACCUGCUAGGCUUUUCACCUGCUGGGGCUGCAGCCACAGAGCCAGACCCUAGGAAAGGGUACCCCUUUCUGGUCUCUUUGGAUUUAAAAUGUUUGGGGGAAAGAGUUGAGUUCCCAAGUCAAACUGGAGGGAGAGAGCAGAGGUCAGGGUGUGUGUGGCUGUUCUAAGGAGUUGUCACCUAAGAUAUGCUUGUGUUGUUUGGCUUCUGGCUUGACAGAAAAUAAACAUGACACCUUUCUGAGUUCUCCAGCAUUCUGCUUAUGGACACAUGGGCUUGACAAGGGGGACAUUGACAGAAGGCUGGAGACAGUCCUGGCCUGAACCCAGACAGUGGGGAAACGGGGAGGGGAAGGCAGGGAAGGGCAAGACUGCUCCCUGGUCUCUUUACCUUGCCCCCACCACAUCCCUGCCCAGAU